AUGGCCGAGUCUAGACUUCCGCUCCACUUGGCUUGCAACUGGUCUAGACCAGCUCUUUUCGAUGCGGAGAUUGCCAUCUCGUACCGCUUCAGACGCUAUGUCGACAUUCUGGUGAUCACGUCUAAGCGCAGAGGCGUGCGCCAGAGCGUGCACGACGGUCCGACGAGGGACACCAACAACAAAGACACAGGAAGCGCAUCGUUCGGAGCGCAAAAGGACGGCCGGUAA